UGUAGUAUAAAGGCGCCUGCUGUCCCAGCUAUUAGGUAAGGCGUUCAAGAAGCACCAUGAACUGCACGCUGCCGCGCGGCACACGAGAAUUUUGGAGCCACUUGUGGAAGGAAGGACUAUCGACGUGGCAGCAGGAAGGAGUGACCAAACUUUUGAAUGACAACAAAGAAGUUAUCAUCGCGGGAAAAUCGCGUGCACGUGUGUUCAUACCCCUCUGCGGAAAAGCACGAGAACUGAAGUGGUUUUAUGACCUUGGGCACACCGUCAUCGGUGUGGAAUUCGUGGAAGAGUGCGUGCGCAGCUAUUUCACCGAGAGUGGUCUGCAACUGGAAGAGGCCACAUGUCCCAUUAUUAACUGCAAAAUACUCAGGACCACAGAUCAUCGACUGCAAGUGUUUAUCUGCAACAUUUUUCACUUUAAAAGGUAA